ACUCAGGCCAAACUAAUCCGAAGUGUCCAUUUUCUAUGCGUGACCAUUGGAGUUAUUUUGAAAUCUUUAAACAACGGUCCACUAAGCCCCACUCCUUGCGCCAUUGAUCAUGCAUGAAAUCUGUCCUUUUCCUCUUCACUAUAUAUAUAUAUACACACACAAACAGAGCAAAAAUACAAGUGUAGGUUUCAGUCAUUUCCCCCCUAAAAGAAUGGAAAUUGAAGCGGAUGAAUCAUUUAAGAAGGCCGGAGCUAUUCCAUUUAAAUGGGAAAUCCGACCCGGAGUACCCAAGCUCCAACUUUCACACCAGCAACCAAUAUCACCAUCGCCGGAUCAACAGUACCUUCCAUUAACCAAACUGGACGGUACACAACAAGUAGCUGAGAAUAAUCAGAGCCGUCCAAUUCCACAAAUUACCCCACGUAGGCUGAAACCUCCACCGGCAGCUGAUUUCAAUUUCCAACAACCAAUUGCAGAGCCCCGGACCCGAUCCAAAAGGCACGUGCUGAAUCUGCUAACCCGACCCGUUACGGGAGUUGCCUCAGAUGGGUGCUUCCCGUCUCCCAUGCUGAGGCGAGCAACGGAGAAGAAUACGAAGAUAAGCCACAAGACUGGGCCCGAACCCGAUUACUUGUCGGACCUAGAGACAGUUUCUCGAUGGUCCGUGUCGAGCCGAAAGUCUAUUUCUCCUUUUCAUGAUUCACUUUCCUCUUCGUUUUCCUCACGUGAGUCGUCGCCCCGACGGCCAGUGAGCGAUGCUGAUUGGGUUGGUUUUGCUCUCUUUUAGAACCAACACAUUAUCUCUAUAUUUCUUUCUUUUGCCUUUACUUUCAUCACAAAAGGUUAUUUGAGAUUGUGGCAUAGUUUAAAUUUGAGAGUCAAAUAACUUAAUUGUCUGUCA